AUGAAUUUUAAAAAGUCAAAUGUAGAGAAGGUGAUUGAAUUAGAAUCAUUGGAAACAAUAUGGAUUCAUCAUUUAGGGUUUUUGGAGAGGAUCGCCCAAGAGAAUAGAAUCAGGUUCUUCUACUCUUAAAACUUGAUUAUUUUGGAAGGUGAUGCAAUUUAGUGUGAGAAUGCCGCUUAAAGAAUUUAUCAACUGGUUGAUGAAGAUUUCAUAAUGCAGGUUGAGGAAUUUCGGAAUGACAAUGAGAUCCAGGCUUUCCAUUAAUUAUUUUAAUAGGACCAAUAUCGAGAGUUAUGCAAAAGUAACCCAGGGUUCUGGAUUUAUUCAAAAUCCUCCCUCAAUAAAUAGAUUUCUUACAUGAAUAAAUUAGGAUAUCAACCUAGUGGUCCUGAUCUACCAAGGCAUUUUUUUAUAACUUGGUUCCCAAGAACAAAUAUGCUCUAAAUUUAAGAAUGGAUCUUCUAAAAGACUGGUUAUUUAUAUAACUAGCAGAGUUUGAAAGACAAAUUCAAAUUCCAUUAACAAUAUAACAUUACAGCCUUGGAAGCAAUAUCCAUCUAUCUCAAUUUGGAUGUCUAAGAAAUCAUGAAUAAGUUGUAACUAAUUAUAGAGCUUGCUCAAACAUCAAAUCAAUUUUUCUUGGUUAUCAAUGCAAAUAAUUUGCCUUCUAUUGACGAUGGAUUCAGGAUCCUGGAGAAUCAUCUGGCAAACAAGAGGUUCUGGCCUAUAGCUAAUUUGGAGAUGAAGUUGAGUUCUAAUGAUCUCCUGUAUUUGGAAAAAACCAUAGAUGAUUAAGUUUCAACUUCAUCAAGAGUUUAGAUAUAUUCAUCUGAGGAGGUGUUUAUUGAAUCGAAGAGAUUGGAUAAAUAAUUUAGUAUAAAUUUGAAUAGAGUGUUGAUUCAGAGAUACAGCUCCGAUUAAAUAUUUGUUUGCGCCGAUCAGUAUCUGGAAGGUGAAAUAACAGAUAUAAUUAAUUAAACGCUCAGAAAACCAAAGAACAAUCUUAGAGCAGAUAAGGACAUUAGGUUUCAUUCAUAAUUCUAUUACAAUGAGAGUUCAAAUAAGCCAAUUCCAAAUAAAAAUAAUCAAAAAAAAGGAUUUCCAUCGAUGAAACAAUAAAAGUGCUAGAAGAAUCCGUUUCAGUUUUAUGAUUAAACCUAGUUUGAGUAGUAAUAACUCUCAUAAAAAAAAAACUCAUAAUAACAAAGCUCAUAUUAACAAAGCUCAUACUAACAAAGUAGCAAUUAUAAUUAUAGGGAGGAAACUGUAAAGAAUGAAGAUUCAAAUAAUUAAUAGGAUUAACAAUUAAAAUUUUAUAGGAAACAUCAGAAUAUACAGGAUAUUCCUCAAAUGCCCAAAAAUAUAAAGUACAACAAGAAGUAAUAGAAGGAAAAACAACAAAAAUAUAUAAAUCAAAAUGAGGAUAUCUCUAUGAAUUUUGAUCAUUUAUCAGUAUCUUAGAAUCUUCAAAAUAGUUUUAUAUACUAAUAUACCUUAUCUUAAGAAUAAGAGAAUACUUCUUAACUGUUACAAGUAGAAGAUUUAAAUAAGACAAUAAGAUGCUAAGUGAUUAAAAUAGAACUAAUGUAAUAUUAGAUAAUUUAUACUCAGAGUAUUCUAUAAAAUGGUAAGAAAUUUAACUUCUAAGAAUUACAGAAUUCCUUUGAGGAGUUCCAAAAUAUAUAUUAUGAUUUGCAACAUGAAAUUACGUUAGAGUUUUCUGCUGACUGUAUAAAAAUGAAUAUUAAAUGUAAAUAAUAAGAUGAGAUCAAUCAAAUCAAAUAAAUUUUCCAUAACUAUUUUUUGUAGUAGAUGCAUUAUGUAACCUAAUACUCAACUCAGGCACAGGAUUUAAUUGAUAUUUUGAAACAGAACUGCAAAGUAGAAUAUUUCCUAACGAAAACGGAGUUAUCGGAAUUUUUGAAUGAAAAAUAGUUUAGAGAGUUGCAGUAGAUUGAUGAUGGCUAGCAAGUGGCAAUAAAGGUCAGCAAUUACUCCUAUCGCCAUCAUCAAUUCUUGAAGGGGAGGUUUGAUGAAUACAUGAAUAAAUAGUCUCUAAAUGAGAACUCUUCAAUCUCAAUAGGCGCAAACAAUACGAAGGUAAUUAUCAUAUCUGAGGAUUAAUUAAAAUAUUUAGAAACAGAAUUUCCAAGUUUGGAGGCAUGUUAAUUGAGAAAAUUUAAGGAUUACUUCAAGAUGGCCUUCUAUUUUGUGUAGAUCGAAGAUAUAGAAGAACUGCUUGAGAAGGCGAAAGUAGAAUUUAGGAGGAUGAAUUCAGUAUAUAUUAAGGCUAAGGUGCAAAAGAAGAGGCAGGACAAUAAGAAUCAAUGGAUGAAGGAGAUUAGGAAUGAUCAGCAUUGUGAAGCUUCAAAGCUGUAUUGUUACAGUAUGAUGGAGGCGUUUAAUACUGAAUUACUUAAUGAUAUAAUUGAUAUUUAAAUGAAUAUAGAAGAAUAUUAAGCUAAUUAGAAUUUAUCAAUGUAUUAUGAAGCAACCAUUGAGUUGGGCGAUAGAGAAUUAAAUCCCAGCGAUCCUGAUAAUAUUGAGAACUUGUUAUUUGAAUCGGAUUUUAAAUGUAAAAUAAAAUAGCUUAUGACUAUAGUUGUACCGAAACUAAUUGAUUAGCACGUUGGGAGAUUUAUCACCCUCUGGAUUCGUAAUGAGAAGGAUAAAUUGAGCUUAAAGGAAUUGAUUUAAAAAAACAAAAUCCUUCCUAGAGGUUAUUUCCAGAAAAAGUGA